AUGUCAGUGACUGCGACGCUCAGCGUCAACAAAACGACGGAGCUCCCCCAAGAUAUGGUGGUCAUCCAUCCAGUGAAAGAGACCCCGACUUCAACAAUGGAUCCGCCCGUCCCACCACACUGUGGAGCCAUGACGGAUUUGAGGGGAGGGCGAAGUUCAAGCAACAAGCUGCUGCCAUCCCUGAUGCUGAACGCUUUCCACGAAGCGGAGAGACUGCUACAUCUAGCCAUUCACGGACCAGGCCCGCCGACGAGUCCCCCUCUCCCUCGUGCCCUGACGGUGUGGGUGAAGAGCCAGACUGCAGUGAGGAUCGGUCUGGUAAUCCUCGAGUACGGCGCGAAACUAUCCCGUGGUGGGACACGCGGACUGCUGCAGACGCUGGCGACAAUAAGACAGGAUGCACUGUUCAGAGAGGAGUAG